CGUUAGGCGGGGUGGGGGCUGUGUUGUUGCUGUCAUCGUGCGGGACGUGAAGCAAUAUUUUCAUACCGUUCAUCUUUGGAAUAAAACAGCUGUUAAUUAAAUUCAUACCAACAUCUCCGUAAAGGAUCCCGCUGUUUGCACGUUUUUUUAUUUUCUCAUUUGGAGUCAACAUGGGGAACUGCUUAACUGUGGGGCCGAACGAAGCUCUGGUGGUCUCUGGUGAUUGCUGCGGCUCUGACACUAAGACUUACGCUGUGGGGGGCUGGGCUUGGGCAUGGUGGCUCAUCUCGGACACCCAGAGAAUAUCCCUGGAGAUCAUGACUCUGCAGCCUCGCUGUGAGGACGUGGAGACAGCAGAGGGGGUGGCCAUCACUGUCACAGGGGUGGCUCAGGUGAAGGUGAUGACGGAGAAGGACUUGCUGGCUGUAGCCUGUGAGCAGUUCCUGGGUAAAUCAGUGAUGGAAAUCAAAGCUGUGGUUCUACAAACUUUGGAGGGACACCUGCGCUCCAUUCUUGGUACCCUGACUGUAGAGCAGAUCUAUCAGGACAGAGACCAGUUUGCUCAACUGGUGAGGGAGGUAGCAGCUCCAGACGUGGGCAGGAUGGGCAUCGAGAUCCUCAGCUUCACCAUUAAGGAUGUGUACGAUAAACUGGACUACCUGAGCUCCCUGGGGAAGACGCAGACUGCAGCUGUCCAGAGGGAUGCAGACAUUGGCGUGGCUGAGGCAGAGAGGGAUGCUGGGAUACGGGAAGCAGAAUGUAAGAGGGAGAUGAUGGACGUCAAAUUCCAGGCUGACACCAAGAUGGCCGACUCCAAACGAGAACUGGAGCUGAAUAAAGCUUCCUUCAACCAGGAAGUCAACACCAAGAAAGCAGAGGCCCAGCUGGCGUACGAGCUGCAGGCAGCUAAGGAGCAGCAGAAGAUCCGCCUGGAGGAGAUUGAGAUCCAAGUGGUGCAGAGGAAGAAGGAGAUCACCAUCGGGGAGAGGGAGAUCGAGCGGACAGACAAGGAGCUCAUCGCUACAGUGAAGAGACCCGCUGAGGCCGAGGCCUACAGAAUGCAGCAGAUUGCUGAAGGGCACAAGAUAAAGGCAGUGCUGUUAGCGCAGGCUCAGGCAGAAAAGAUCAGAAGGAUCGGAGAGGCGGAGGCUUGCUCCAUCGAGGCAGUGGGCAAGGCGGAGGCGGAGAAGAUGAGACUGAAGGCAGAGGCCUACCAGCAGUACGGAGAGGCAGCUAAAACUGCGCUGGUGCUCGAAGCCCUGCCUAUGAUUGCUGCUAAGGUGGCGGCGCCGUUAUCCAGGACCAAUGAGAUUGUCAUCCUGAGUGGGGAGGGCAGCAGAGUGACGGACGAGGUCAACCGCCUUCUGGCUGAACUUCCUGUGUCUGUCAAUGCUCUCACCGGAGUGGACCUGUCAAAAAUCCCGCUGCUGCAGAAGCUGACCAGUGCUCAAGCCUGAGACCCCCCGACUCCACGACUACAGUAUCUGUUGUGUGCACUCUGAUGGACUCCCUUUAUUACACUUGAAGAAUUUAGUUGUUUUAUACGUAUGUGAAUUUUGGAAACCUCUGGUGCCUUACUUUAUACAGGUCCAGAAUAUCUGAAUGCACUGCUGCUCAUUGAAAGAAUUUUAUUUAGUUUGCACAUGUUGUGUUUUUUAUUUAUUUGUUUCUAUUUUGAUACAUAUUGGCCUGCCUGUAUGAGGUGUGAUGAAAGAGCUGAUAUUAGACUGGUGUGAUAGUGCUUACAGUUCUAUCACCAUGUGUCGGCUGGUGUUAACAUCGUCUCUUUGGUAUUGAUACCUCAGGUCCUGCUCUAUCAGAACACAAGGCCUCUGCUCUCACUCUUUACAUUGUGUUUGUUGCAGGCCUCUAUGUUCAUAUAAACCUUUGUCUUUAUCGUGAGACCCUUCGCAUUCCCUAGAUAAUCUGAAUAUUUUCUUGUAAAUGGUAGAGCUUUCUUUAUUUCUUUGUGUCAGUGAUUGAUUUUUACAAUGUAACAGGUGCUCAUAAUCUUAAAGAAGCCCCUUCCGUUGUGCACAUGUUGUAUGUUCCCCUGAGAGGAGUUUAGAUCUCUUCUAACUGUUAAUAUCAGGCACAAUACAGAACAGUUUUGUGCCUGAUCAUAAUUAUUUAUUUAGCAAAACGGAAUCAAAAUCUGAUCUUGUGCUGACACUGUAAGCUUGUAAUGUGGUCUUUUAAUAGUUAGUGUUGGUUUUAAUGUCAAGUGUUAGUAGUUUCAGCCAUGAUUAAGAAAAAAAUCAGUUGGUGUUUAAAAAAAGAUUUAGUUUGCAGGCUGUUAAAAUGACUGGCUUGCAGCUUGACGUUUGAAGGAUGAAAUAUGUGUAUAUUGUGUGGAGAAAGUUCAAUGUGAAUAGAUUCUGAGGCAGACGGCCAGACAGCAAUGCCAAAUAGAAUAGAUUAUUUUAACUUUCUUUGUAUCAGCAGGACUGUCUCUGGAUAUUGUAUAGUUUAUCUGAUGUUUAAUUUCAUACUAACAGUAUCUUUAGAUGCUAAGCCAUGUUCAACAAACCAAACUUUUACACUUUUCAGAGAAACACGUUCUGUUGUGUGUAUGCACAUGUCUGCAUUGAUUUGUUUUUUUUAUAACUGUGACAUCAAGGAUCUUUAGAAGAGUAGUUGAACAUGUCCUGCAAUGUGAUAUACAUUUCAAGCAGCAAUGUUUCUUUUUGUAAAUGGUCACAAUACUUCAAUGUUUAGGGUCUAAUUCACCAAAUGUUAAGCUUUACUGAAGAAGAAAAAAAACUGAUACUUUAUAUGACAUAUGGGCAUUACUCACCUACACACACCUGAACUAACCUACUGGUUUGAAGCUCACAUCACAGUGGCGGUUUACGUGGCUGAAGAAGCAGCCUGUAUGAACAUACUGACACAGAAAUCACAGACUGUUAUUAUAUUUAGUAUUGUUGUUAAUAUUGUUUUUGUGCUCAUCCUCCAUUAAUGUAUGUGUGUAUCAUUUGCUGAUAUAGUGACUUGACAAAUACUGUGACAGUAAUAACUUUAGCUUCAAAUGUUAUUUACACUGAGUCUCAAACGUCCAUGAGUUCCUGUAUGCUCUUGCUGCAUGCCAUCCAUCUGUAAUCAGAAUAAUACGUUCACUCUUAGCUACUGUCAUUCUAAUAAAUCAAAAUACCAUACUUUCA